UGGCUGCUUUUUACGCUGUUACGCAGAGGGCAGGCUCACCUGCUGAAACGCUUGCAAGUGCACUUCGCCAUUCAGCACAACAGAGCCCUCUUUCAGCGCUCACCUCCAAUUAAUAUCCGAGCCUGCGAGGUCAGCGCUUUAUUAUUGUUGUUGUUUUUCCUUUUUCCCCUCCUCUUCCUCGGGUUUGUCCCGGUUUUUCUUGCUUUGUUUUUGAUCCGAGGAGCUCGGGUAUUUUGCCAUGUUUCCUGCGUAUGGAUUGCCUCUGCGAUAGUAGGCGAACAAAGCGCAUCAAGUCUCUCCAGAGAGCUGCUUCCUUUCAGAUUCACGGAUUUUGGUCAGUGAGUAAACUUCUUUGGAUAAACCACACGCAUCGUCGACGGGUUUUCGUCGUUGAUCAGCUCCUCGUUGCUAAUUCACUUGGAAAGAGAGCUCUGUUAAAGAUGGAUAGGCUACGCCAGACGGAUUGGCAUUUAAUUUAGGAAACACCCGAUCCCAAUGCUGGACAGAAAUAAUGGCAUGAUUUUGGAUAGCACCGGACGCGUUAUUGGUUUCCUGGGAGUUGAUGCUUAAAGUCAACAGAACAGUCUUGUAAGAGCGAGUGCUUAAUUUCCCCAGACUCGAAAAUACUACAAAUCUAAAAUAGUGAGACCAUCACUGAAAUAAACUAUGGAGCACACUGGGAUCGAGGAGGUGAACCAGACGCACCAGCAGCAACAUGAGCCCAUCAGCUUCGGAAUCGACCAAAUCCUCAACAGCUCGGACCAGUCCAGCGGCUGCAUGCUGCCCAACCGGACCGGCGACCCGGAUUACGCGCUGGCCCCCAACGUCUACAGCAACGGCUACAACAGCGUCUACAACCCGGCCUGUUCCUACAACGUCAACAUGAACAUGAACGUCAGCAUGAACAUGAACAUGAACGUAAACGUGAACUCCGGGAACUCGGGCGGGGUGAUCCGGGUGCCGGCCCACAGACCGAUGCCGCCUCCGCCUCCACCGUCGGCGGCUGCCGCGCCGCAUCCGCCCCCCGGAAUCCCCGCUGUGCCUGGCAUGGGGAUGGGCAACCCGGCCAACUUCACCUUCCCAUGGAUGGAGAGCAGUAGGAGGUUUGCCAAGGACAGACUAACAGGGGAGGAGGCAGAGGAGAGCCGAGCUGGGGAGGCCACAGGGGGGCCGGAGGCUGCCGGGUCCCUCUGUCCUCUCCCAAAGGGAGACAUCGGCAGGGUCCCUGUCUGGAGCACGGUGGAGACAUUAGCAAAAUGCUAUUACCCAGAACUCGCUCACCUGCGAGACAGCAAUGGUCUUCUGGCAGACUAUCCUUUUCCAAAGGGGGCUUGCCCAGCUGCCCUCUCACCCUUCUCGGUGACCCGCCGCAUCGGCCAUCCCUACCAGAACCGGACGCCGCCCAAGAGAAAAAAGCCCCGCACGUCCUUCAGCCGGGUGCAGAUCUGUGAGCUGGAGAAACGCUUCCAUCGGCAGAAGUACCUGGCGUCGGCUGAGCGUGCCACUCUGGCGAAGGCCCUCAAGAUGACAGAUGCACAAGUCAAGACCUGGUUUCAGAACAGGCGGACAAAAUGGCGGAGACAAACUGCAGAGGAAAGGGAGGCAGAGAGGCAGCAGGCCAACCGGCUGAUGCUGCAGCUUCAGCAGGAAGCUUUCCAGAAGACGUUGAGCCAGCCGCUGCAGCCAGAUCCCCUCUGCCUGCAUAACUCCUCCCUCUACGCCCUGCAGAACUUGCAGCCUUGGGCAGAAGACAAUAAGGUGACCUCCGUCACCUCUGUGGCUUCUGUGGUGUGACCGUGUGGGUGUGAAUGUGUGUCUGGAAGAGAAAAGGGAGGGAGGGGAAAGGGACAAAGUUUGGAAUGAAAUGCCUAUAUCCAAGUGCCGUCAGAAUAAAAAGGACAAAAGUGAGGAAAAUCCUCAUUUUCUCCUAAAAUCUUCUCACUAAUCUGGGAGAUCAUAGACAAAGGAAAAUGAUGCUUGCUUUGCAGGGAAAGACUGAGUGGACAUUGUGCUUCCUCACUCACUGAUCAUUACCAGCAACAUGGUGGGGGAAGCGAACGUAGACAGAGACGGCUAUAUGUUACUGUCAGGAUCUACAGAAACACACUGUGCGGACCUCAGAGCACAGGAGCCGCACUUAGAUGCUGUUUGUCAAAAUUAAGCAAGUCUACAAGUGUUAUCUAAGAAAUCUAAAGUCUGUUGAGUCAUACCCUGCCUUACACCAAGUUUCCGCUUUUC